CAGUGCCACCCACCUGUGCCCAUCAGCAGUGCCACCCACCUGUGCCACUCAGCAGUGCCACCCGUGUGCCCUGCAGUGCCACCCACCAGUGCAACCCAUCAUUGCUGCCCAUUAGUGCCGCCCAUCAGUGCCGCCUAUCAGUGCCAGCUCAUCAGUGCCACCUAUCAAUACCGCCUAUCAGUGCCCAUCAGUGCUGCAUAUCCCUGCCACCUCAUCAGUGCCCAUCAGUGCUGCCUAUCAGUGCCCAUCAGUACUGCCUAUCAACGCACAUCAGUGAAGGAGAAAAAUUACCUGUUUGCAAAAUUUCAUAUUAGAUACAAAGAAAAACUUUUUUUUCAAAAUGUU